AUGGAAGCUCCCCUUGCUAGACCUAGCAGCUUGGCGCAGCGCGUGCGCUGCGAUUUUUCAUUUUGAGGUCGCGAGUUCGAUGCCCGCAAGCGUCAGUUUUUUGUUUUCUGGAAAAUACCGACUUUUUCGGCAAACUAGCUGAUGAGCAUCAUUUUAGCACUCUAUUAUGAUUUGUUACAUCAUAAUAGACCAGUAUCAAAACUUGUUCUAGAAGAAAAAUCGAGAAAAAUGUCAAAAUGGAUAAUACCAAAAUUUCAGUACUAAAAAAAUGGUGCGCGGCGCGCCACAUUUUUCGUCAUAACUUUUUUCAUCCUCAAUCUUUUUCGAAAAACUAAACGGUUCUGAGUUUUGAAUCGAAACAGCUAUCAAACCAUACAAAGCUCAAUGCUGAAAAAAAUUUUUUGAAAAUUGGUCUGCGGUCCCUACUCCUUGAUUUGAUUAUAUUGAUUCGAUGACAUAGCCUUUUCCAAAGAUAAUUUCCGAGCUAAUUGAAACGGAGAAAAACAAGCCCGAAAAGAACAGUGAAACUUUCAAAGAAAUAGUGGAGAAUUUUUUUGAUAAUUGCUUCGAUUUGUAUGAAACAAAUAUUCAUUAAAACUUUUAAGGCUCGAGAGACCAUAAAUUAUGAGUCUAUCGGAAAAACUCUGAGAGGCAUGGCGAAGACGAAUCAAAUCGAGGUAAACUUUCAAUAUUUACAAAUUAAAUAUUAAUUUUUUUAGAUUUUUUUAAAAAAAGCUUUUUCAAACCAAUCACAGAUUUCUCGCACAAGGAAACUUUGAAUAAGUGAAGAGCAAAAAAAUAAUUCGACAAAAAAAGCAAUUUUUCGCAGGAAUUUUUUUAAAUUUCAUUGUGUUUUUUUAUUAAUUUUUAUAUAAUAUUAUUUAUUUACAGGCAGAACAAAAUAACAUGUAAAGAAAAAAAGAGAAAAAAAUUUGGCAUUAAGCCUGAAAUAAAUAAAUAAAAGGCACUUGAGGCCCUCACGAGCCUCUGAGCCAGUAAUGAAAGAAUAAGAGGUGAGGAUUUCACAAAGGUAAAAAAAGUAAAUAGAAAAAAAGUAUAAGUUAUGACACAGUGUAGCACAGGUGAGUGGGGAAUUUAAUCGUUUGUAAUGAUAUAGACGCGCAUAAGAUGGAUUAGAGUAGGGCUGAAGCACGGGUACCUGGUUCAACGAAGUCUGCUGGGAAUAGAUCCAAAAAGGAAAUUGUUAUCGAGGGAUAGUAACAAAGACCUGAAACGAUCUGGAGAAACAUUGAGGUUUCCCAAUGUAGCCAGUUUAUUCCAAAGAGGGAUGAACGUCUCAAAGAAAUUUUCGAAACGAAUCCCUACUCUGAUAAGACGUGAUGGAGCACGUACCGAAUUUGAUCUCCUGGAAACACUGUGAGAAACUGGCAAAUGACUCUCCUUAAUAUAAAUUUUAUGUAGUGUUCUUAGACAAAAUUCGACUCGUCUUCUAAAAAGAGAGUUUGUGUUAAUCUGAGCUAACCUGUCUUCAUAACUAGAAAACCUAAUGUUUGAUUUCUUGUAGUUCUGUGUCAAGAACUUUUGCCCCCGGAUCUUUGGCGAGAGAUUCUGAUGCGAACCUCUUUGUAUUCACGUCAAUUCCGCAACCUUCCGGUAUGUUUCGUACAACCUCACAUUUAACUAUCUCUGCAAAAAAAGUUGUUUGAGCUCCCAAUUGGAUAAAAGUUUUGCGCCCUAAACAAUGAACUGAUCCAGUAACGCUACAAUUUAUACAUUUUAUAUCGUUUUGAAGCGCGCUGUCUCGUUUACUCGUUAAUUUCAAAUCAAAUAUUUUUUUAGUAAGAUAUAAUCGACUAGGCGGUGAACAAGAACUUUUGAAGCUAUAACGAACAACCGCCUCUUACGCACCUUUGCCCCGUUUUUCUGCGCGUAGUCCAUCCAGUUGCGAGCUCAGAAUGUAGCGGAUUUUGUGCUGGAGCCCGGAGACCGUGCUCUAGGUUGAAGCCUCGAAAUGAGACGAACACGUCUAGUGAACAUUUUACACGGAACUUCGAAGAUCAAAAAAAAAUUAGUUACAUUUUUUUUUGAAAAGUGAAAAAAUAAAAAAUUUAGAAUAACAAAAGCCAACCUGUCUAUAUCAAAACGAGCUGAAAAAAAAACCGUAGAGAAAACUUCUCUCAAAUAUUUCAUCAACAAUGACAUUUUUUGUUAAGAGAACGUGCCGAGUUUUCAAAGAAAUCCUCUCCGACGUCAGUUUCUGGGUGAGACGAGCCAAAAUUGAAGGCCAAACGUCUUCUUUGCCGCCAGUUUCGUGGCUCAAAGCAUUUCGAUCCGAAAAAGUUGAAGUUCCUGAAGACGUUGACGCUACUGGAUUCUUUUUCGAUUGCGCAAGGAUACUUCAUUCCAACAGAGGAUACGAUAAAAAUCCGGCUCUGGAAAUUAGCGAUGAUUCGAUAAAUCAGAAGUUGAGAAGAGAAAUCGAACCCGACGUAUAUGGAGACGGCGAUGGGUUGGUAAAUAAACUAUCAUAAAAAAAAAUAUCACUCAAAAAUCGUACCGCCCGAUAAAAUAUCGACGCGAAAAGGUACUAUGAUGUUUGAGUCUCAGUUGGGUUAAAACGGGGGAACAGCGAGUAUGAGAAAAAAUCGGUGGCCCAGAUGUGCUGAAGCCGUGUCUCAGCACAUCUGGGCCACCGACUUUUGAAGCCGUGUCUCAGCUGACACGGGAAGUACAAAAGGUCGAGGUAUCGGAAUUUAAUGAGACUUGGUAUAUAGGUACUUUCGGACAUCCUGAAUCCAAAGAAGUUGAAAAAAAGUGCGCCUUUUCGGUUCUGGUCGAGUUAUGGCGCCUCAAAGUUUGCACGCAAAAAAUGCAUGGGAAGGGAGGAGGGAAUGUGUUGCGGCGACCAACUCUAUUUUUGCCAUUUUUUUCUUCGAAAAAAAUGAGGAAUUUCUGAAUAUGGAAUAAAAAAAUAAGCGCUCAAAACUUUAAAAAUUCACUGAAGGAAACUUUCGACAAAAAUGUUUUUUUGUUUCACAUUUUCUAUAUGGUCAGUAUAGUCGUCAUAAUUAAACUUCGAGCCGUUUGGAAUUUUUUUGUAUCAAACGUUGAUUUUGAAAAAAAUAAAUUUCUAAAUUUUGAAGUUCAUCCAAAGAAGAAGUAGUUAAACGGUCGACUGUUGAGCAUUUUUUUGAAACCAGGUCACCUAGGGACCGCAAAGCCACGCCCCUUUUCGCGAUAGAAAAAAAGUGGCUUUUUUUGGUUUUCAACUUUCAUUUUGUUGUAGUUGCAAAAAUAUGUGGAACUGGCGAAUAAAAUUUGACACACAUGUACAGAAAAAGCUUCCUCUUUCGUUUAAAAAAAUAUUUCACGCUUUUUUUGAUGCGUUCUCGCGGAAUGUCGUACAAAAAAACGUGAAUGGAACUAAAAAAAUUUUUGUCAUUUUUUUGCUUUUUUUCAUGUGUUUUUCAGGUCGAACGCACUCUUUCUUUUUUUAAAUAAUGAUUUUGAUUCAAGUAACGAAAAUUUUAAAACAAUAAAAUAAAAAAAUUCGUCUUUGCCAAAAAAAUUUUUAGGGAGCGCCGAAAGUCAUAAUUCAAAAAUAUCGUUAAUAAGCGAAUAUAAUCAAGUUUUUUUGUUUUUUUAAAAAAAUUUAGAUCAUGGCCUUACUUGAAUUUUUUUCUUCACAGUAUCUGUGCUUGAAAUAGUUGUUUAAUACGCAAAAAAAUGCUCUUGAAACUAGAGAAUAAAAUUAGCGGCGUUUAUCACACAGAAAGCGGCCGAACGCAGGUUUUUUUAAACGAUUAUAUACAUUUAUUAGUGAAAAAAAUCUUUCAAUUAAAAAGAAUAAAAAUAAAAAAAUUCGUCUUUGCCAAAAAAAUUUUACGGGGCCGUUUUAAGGCAGCGAUCGUUAAACGAGGAAAAAAAGCACUAAAAAAACAGUUUUUUUCGAAGUGAAUUUUUCACGGAAAGUUUGAGUAAAGAUUUGCGAACAUAUUCUGAUAAAAAAAUAGCUGAAUUACUUCAAGUUUUUUUAUUUUUUUGAAAUAGGCAAUCUGUGCUAUCUAAACGGCUCAAGGGUAAGGCGGAUGGAAGCUCCCCUUGCUAGACCUAGCAGCUUGGCGCAGCGCGUGCGCUGCGAUUUUUUUCAUUUUGAGGUCGCGAGUUCGAUGCCCGCAAGCGUCAGUUUUUUUGUUUUCUGGAAAAAUACCGACUUUUUUUCGGCAAACUAGCUGAUGAGCAUCAUUUUAGCACUCUAUUAUGAUUUGUUACAUCAUAAUAGACCAGUAUCAAAACUUGUUCUAGAAGAAAAAUCGAGAAAAAUGUCAAAAAUGGAUAAUACCAAAAUUUCAGUACUAAAAAAAUGGUGCGCGGCGCGCCACAUUUUUCGUCAUAACUUUUUUCAUCCUCAAUCUUUUUCGAAAAACUAAACGGUUCUGAGUUUUGAAUCGAAACAGCUAUCAAACCAUACAAAGCUCAAUGCUGAAAAAAAUUUUUUGAAAAUUGGUCUGCGGUCCCUAAGGUCACCUGUAGAAAAAAGAUUGUAUGGACUUUCAAUCAAUUUUUUUUUUCUUCCCUUUUCUCCGAUGAACUUAUGAGAAUAAACUUUUUACUAUCUAUUGGAGCCCAUUGAGCUUGAAAGAGAAAGACGAAAAAAACUUUGUCCAGAAUUUUUUUCUCAAAACGAAGUAAAUUAGUGAAUUUUAAAGUUUUUUUGAAAUUAAAAGAAUUUUAAAGUUUCUAAAAAUUGUCAAAAAGUUCAACCAGCUGGGCUUAUACGGGUUCAAUAUGGGGGUGCUCGCUGAGACCUCGCCUUAGCACGACUGGGCCAUCCUCAUCAGCAGGAGAGCUGUUCCAUCAGCAGGAGCGGAACUGGUUGACAAUCUGAACAGACUAUACUAGACUGCGAUAAAUUUGCAGUUUUUCAUUUUUUGUAAUUAAAUCAUGAAGGAUUCGAAGUUCAUUGAUUGGCCCACACUUGCUUUUGACCCUCGAUUUUCAUCAUUUCUUAACCUUGAAAAGUUUUUCGUUUCAUUUGUGCUGAUAAAACUGAAGUUUAUAAAUUUUACCCGGUUUCAAGUUAAAAAUAGCAAAAAAUACUACAUUUUUUUUUCACAAAACAUCGCAGGAGUAGUGUUUUUGGGGCUCCACUUCCUGAAUAAUCUUGAUUGUUUUCCCAGGUUGUCGCUUGAAAUCCCGCCGCGAGGUUGUUUUGUUGAAGAUGUUCGUUUUUGUUUCUCCACAACAUGCGAUUUCGGCUCAUACAAUACAAUGAUCUACUUGAGUGAAGACUGGGGAAUUGAAGUUUCAUUUAUUUGUAAGAAAAGGAAGGAUUCAGAAUUUUUGAGGAAUGGGUGCUUGACUAUAUCCGCCCGACGAUCAGGAUCACAGAGUUGGUGGCUCAUCAGAAGAAUUGCGCCUCGGAAUAUCAGAUCUAUGCGAAACUUUUGCGACGCGACAUGGGAUAUUAUUAUGAUCCGAAAUUCUAUCUCGACCCGAAAUUUCAUUCUCACUGCAAGAUGGAGAAGCGAGAGUGGCCCGAGAAUAGCGGUGAGUGGUCUCUUCAGGGUUUUUUAAAGGCAAAGAGUUCAGUUUUUUGAAAAAAAAUUUCUUGAGAAAACAGUUGAAAGCCGCCUCAAGACAGCGAAGAAAUGGUAUAAAAAAGUGGUUGCCGCUCUAUUUUUCCAAUUGUGCUAAUAUUUCGAGAAGUUAUUUUAUUCUAUAGGUAAAGUCGGAAAGGAUGCAAAAAGACUCAUUAGAAAUUUUCCUUUUAGGGUGAUCUUUUUUGCUUCCUUUUUGCGCCAUUUUAUCGGCUUUUAUGCACCUUUUUUGCUGCCUCUCCCUUUUCCACCAUUUCUUGAGCCUUUAAGAGAGUUUAAGUGAGAGACUUGAGAGAGGCCUUUUUGCUGCCUUUCUACGGCCUUUUUCGAGGCUCUCUCUUUUACCGGUCAUUUCCCACCAUUCCGACUUCGCUCGGGUCGGAAGCUUUCAUCGUAACAAAGAAUCGAGAGGAAAGACGUUUAUAUAAGAACGAAGGUUUUCUUUGUAUAUUUUUAGUAUAAUUUUUUUAGAAAGGCAACUUUUUGAACAAUUACAAGAAAAACCGUUUGAAAAAUAAUGAAUAAGUUUAAUUUUCACUGGUCACCAAGCUCUAAACCAAACUCCACUUCUCUCAUUUUCAGAUUGCGGAUGGGAAGAGGUGAUCCUAGAGAUCUCAGAAUACCCUAUAGGAAUGCGAGAAUUGAGCAUUUGCUCUGGUGGACGAGAUUCGGAGAAUCGGGAAGAUCACCAGGGUCUGAAAAUCGCGCGGCUCCAAGUCGAAGUCAUCCUCCCGCCGGAAGGACCCCGGGUCCUCCCUCCUCAACUUUGGGCAGAGGAUGA